GAAACCGGCGCAUCUGCUGAAGUGUGUCAAAGCGUUUCUGUGACUGAGAACCGAGACUGGGAUUUUAGGAAUUUUUCAUUUAAUCCGGACAGGACAGACAUUCUCGCUCUAUAACAGAAACUUAUUUUUGAGUUGCCAGGAACCCUAUCAUUGCUCUAAAUUCCCUGCACUAUGAACAUGAGAUGAUCUCCUUGGCAUUGGCUUCUUUUCUUCAAACCCUGUCUGAUGUCUGAGGACCUGGAUUCCAAAACGUACCGGUUCUCCUCUCUAGUUGGUGGACAGGAAGAGGCAGCCGGCUGCAGUUCCAUGGCGACGCUGCAUUGCAUGGCCAACUUCGCAGAGGGAGCUGGGUUCGGCAUGGCAUCGGAAGGCAGCGACAGCAGCCAGGACCUGCCCAACUCAACUCACGGUAGCCGGAAGAUGACGCAUUCCCUGCACGAGGACGUGGAGAUGAAGAGCAGCGGGUCCUGUGGGAGUGGAACGGAAUUCCACGGCAAUGAUUCCCAUGAAAACGAAUCCCACGGCCAUGAGUCCACGGGGAGUUCCAAUGGCCGAAGCAAAGAUUCGGCACUGAUUGAAUCGUCCGAGAGUAAUAACAGCUCCAACUCUCACAGUCCUUCGCCCCCCAGCAGCAGUAACGCUUUCAGCCUUCUGAGUGCAAGUUCAGAGCAAGAUAACCCGUCUACCAGCGGCUGCAGUAGUGAAGAGUCUGCCAAGGCGAAGACACAGAAAGAGUUGAUCAAAACUCUGAAGGAACUGAAGCUUCGUUUGCCUCAAGAUAAGCGGAAUAAGGGCAGCAAGUCGACCACGCUGAACACGCUUAAAUACGCCCUACGCUGCGUCAGACAGGUGGAGGCAAAUGAAGAAUCCUACCAGUUGCUUAUGAUAAAUGACAGUCAGCCAUCUGGGCUCGAUGUUUCAUCUUAUACCAUUGAAGAGAUUGACAGCAUCACAUCUGAAUACACCCUCAAAAACACAGAUAUCUUUGCAGUUGCUGUGUCGCUUAUCACUGGAAAGAUCGUCUACAUUUCAGACCAGGCGGCUUCCAUCUUGAAUUGCAAGCGGGAGGUGUUCAAGAACGCUAAAUUUGUGGAGUUUCUCACACCCCAGGAUGUUAGCAUGUUUUAUAGCUUCACCACACCAUACAGACUGCCGUCUUGGAGUAUGUGCACCGGCGCAGAAUCGUCACCGUCAGACUGCAUGCAGGAGAAAUCCUUCUUCUGCCGCAUCAGCGGAGGGAAAGAGUGUGAGGGAGAUCUUCAGUACUACCCCUUCAGAAUGACACCUUAUCUGAUGAAAGUGCAGGACACUGAACAUUAUGAAGAUCACUUCUGCUGCCUCCUGCUGGCAGAGAGGGUGCACUCCGGCUAUGAAGCUCCCCGAAUCCCAACGGACAAACGGAUUUUCACCACAACACACACUCCCAGCUGUGUGUUUCAGGAUGUGGACGAGAGAGCUGUUCCGUUGCUAGGAUACCUACCGCAGGAUUUGAUUGGCACGCCUGUCCUACUGCACCUGCACCCCAGUGAUCGACAGGUCAUGCUCGGCAUCCACAAGAGGAUUUUGCAGAAUGCCGGCCAACCGUUCGACCACUCCAUCCGCUUCUGCGCUCGAAACGGAGAGUACAUCAUCAUAGAUACCAGCUGGUCCAGCUUUGUCAAUCCCUGGAGCCGCAAAGUUUCCUUUAUCAUCGGCAGGCACAAAGUUCGCAUGGGUCCAGUGAAUGAAGAUGUGUUUGCAGCUCCAACUGUGGCUGAGGGGAAGGCUGUGGACUCAGACAUCCAGGAAAUCACUGACCAAAUUCACAGACUCCUCCUGCAGCCGGUGCACAACAACGCCUCAAGCGGUUAUGGCAGUCUGAGCAGUAAUGAUCACCUGCUGAGCGUGGCAUCUUCGAGUGAAAGUAACGGCAAUGGAACAUGCCAGCGUCAGGAGGACGAGGAUGAGAGACGGGCCAAACCGAGGAGCUUUCAGGAGAUAUGCAAAGGAAUCCACAUGCAAAAAAGCCAGGAGCAGCAGUCGAAGAAAAGCCCUGCGAAGGUUCUUCAGAAAAGUCCAGCGGUACGACCCAAAGACUCGGCGCACCCCGUCAACUGGAGAGAGCCCACCGAGGAGCAACAGGCGGCUGUGCAAGAGGAGUUGGCCUUCAAAGACCAGACCGUCUACUCUUAUCAGCAGAUAAACUGCCUGGAUAGUGUUAUAAGGUAUUUGGAGAGCUGUAACAUGCCAAUCACAGUGAAGAGAAAGUGCCAAUCCUCCUCAAACACAACAUCCUCAGACGAGGAUAAGCACAGAGUGACUGAGAACACCAUUCAAAUGUCUGAAGAAACUGGACAUUUAAAGGACCGGCUGGGUCUCUCAUCAUUACAUGUGUCAAAGAAGGCCCCAGGCUCUGGCGUCGUGAGUCCGUCUCUCGCUCCGCUUCCACUGCUCAGUAAACCUGGAAGUGUGGUGUCCAUCACCAGCCAAUGCAGCUACCGCAGCACUAUCGUACAUGUGGGAGAUAAAAAAGUUGUGUCAUCAACAAGACAAAUCUCUUCAAAGCAAGAAUUCUCUUCCAAACUUCAAAAGAUCACCGAGGAGGUCCCUAGCGCUGAAGGCAUUGAGGUUCAGAGUCUUUCCGUCCCGCCGGCCGCAGUGUCGCCACUCAGUCCAGAGAGAGAGGCUUACAAGAAACUAGGCCUAACCAAGCAGGUUCUGGCGGCACACACCCAGAAGGAAGAACAGGCGUUUCUGAGCCGCUUCAGAGAGCUGCGAGGUGUGCAUGCUUUUAAAGCAGAUUGCUCUCUUUAUUUGGAGAGGCAGAAAGGAGAAGUGGCAUUUGAGGCCGUUCCCACUCCCCAUUCAUGUAAGCAGGGUGGCGGCGCGCCAGAGACCAGCGGAACACGGCGAGGUCGCAACAAGAAGACCAAAUCCAAGCGUGUCAAGCCCAACGAUUCCUCCGACAGCACUCCUUCUGGCCGUAGGCCGCCACCCAGACCUCAACUGCAGGGGCUCAACCAGACCUCCUGGUCUCUGUCGGACACCUCGCAAUCUGCGUACCCCGGCGCCUAUCCAUCCGUGAUGCCCGAUUACCCGCUUCAAGUAUACCCUGGGGCCGUUGUCAUGCCUUCAGGGGUGGAUGCGUCCAUGAAUGGGAACAGCCAGUGCGGCCUGGAUCCAUGCAUUCCCAUGCAGACGGCGUACUCCGGCCCUCUGGUCACGCCCAUGGUGGCCCUGGUGCUGCCCAACUACAUGUUCCCGCAGAUGCCCGGCACUGCACAGCAGCCCUAUUACCCGAAACAGGGAGGUUUCCCAGGCCAGCGGAUGUUUCAACCACAGCCAGGGUUCGUCCCGCAGCCGCAGUUCCCACCUCAAUCCACUUUUACCAUACAGACUCAGUUCACCUCACAGAACCCUUUCACCCCUCAGACCGCAUUCCAGCCGCAACCGUUCCAGCCAUGCCCGGAUGAGCCUCCGAAACAACCUGAACCCGAGCUGAUGGAGGAGGAGUCACGAAGCCCUACCCCUCAGUCCACACCUCUUUUUCAGUCCCGAUGCAGCUCGCCGCUGCAACUCAACCUUCUGCAGUUAGAAGAGACUCAACGCUGUGCUGAGAGACAUGAAAGCUCGGCGCCCCCUGUUGUACAACAGGAGAACAGCAGAAGAAUUGUUGAGAAAGCGUUGCGUGCUACCGGACAGGCCAAAACAACUGACAAGGUUGUGCCACAGGAUGAAGGCUCAACUGUUGACGGACAGCACAGUGAUGCUUUCUCGUCGUCUAGUGACCUCCUGGACAUUCUCCCAGAGGACUCGCGGUCCGGCACCGGAUCUGCCACUUCAUGUUCCAUGGGAUCCCAUUCAAACGGCUGCAGAAUGUCUGCUAGUGGCGGUUCUGGCAGUGGAACCGGAAGCAGCCAAACCAGCAACAACAGCAGUAGCUACUUCGGCAGUGUGGACUCAUCACAGAAAUCCCAUAAGGCCAAGGGGCAAGCCUCGGGUACAGGAUCAGGGCUGCUGGAGGGCAGCGAGAACCUGAUCAAGUAUGCACUGACGGACCCAAUGUGCCUGCUCAUGGCCAACGUGGAUGAAAAUGUUACGAUGUCAUACCAACUGCCGUCUCGCGACAUUCAGAAGGUUUUGCAGGAGGACAGGGAAAAGUUGCGGCAGAUGCAGAAGAAUCAGCCGCUCUUUACAGAGGACCAGAAGAGAGAACUGUUUGAGGUGCAUCCCUGGAUGAGACGGGGCAACCUACCCAAAGCCAUUGAUGUCAAGGCAUGUGUCGGCUGCGAGGAGCUCAGUGAAACUCUGACAGAAGAAGAUCCACCCGAUCUGCACAUGGGGUAAACAGAAGACGACCAAUGAGGAACCAAUACACACUUGUCCAGGUCCCUCACCUAACAAACCACUGAUUCAGCCCACAUGUACAGGCCUCAUCUGAUUGGACGAUGACAUCUUGCAUUUGCCACAUGACUUGGACUAUGUAUGGUUUGCCGUUGUUUGUUUGUCUAGAGAUGUAUAAAUAUCUGAAUGAAUGAAUCAAUGGGUGGAUUCUGUUUUGAGACUUUAAAAUAAUAUUUAUAUGUGGUUUCAAAGGCUAGAUUUUGGUCCAUUCAAUGACCAAAGACUUUAUCUUAGAGAAUAUAUUUCCUUUCCAGUGUUUGUUUUAAAUCCCUUAUGUUAAUGUAUACUGAUGACUGAAACUUUCCUGUGAAUAAUUUAUUUUUGUCUGUACAGAUCACUUUUUCUAAAAAAAACGUCUUUUAUAUGUUUUUCCAUGUGAAUAGAUUUGAACCUUUACAGUAUGUUGUGUUGUGGGAUAGCUGUCUGAUAUCCUGUAAAUUUGCAUUUAUACACAGUUUAUAUGAACCAGAAAUAUUAUUUAUUCAACUUGGACAGUUCUGAUUCAGAUAAACAAAAUGAACUAAGGUGACCUAGAGAUUUGGUUUAGCGAUUGCAUCUUAUUUUCAGAUGUUGAAUCUGUUAAGCCUUCACAUGAAAUGUAGCAUAUUGGCUAUCAGUAAAGUAUUUUAUUGUGAUUGAGGAGUUUGGCAACUGUUUUCCUGUUUAGACGGGCCUGUUUGCUUCAAAAGCAGCCUGUUUGAUGGUUUGUAGCACUUCAGUGUGAACUUUACCAAGGUGGAGAUUAAUUCUUAAACUACGUAACUACCCUGGCCAGUUUUAGACUGUUCACACCUGUCGUACCAACCACCACAGCUUCCACCAUUACUAAACCGCAAAACAACCUUGUCGAUGACAAAUAGAAGAGACUUCAUUAACUAAAGUACCACAUGGUUGGUUGACUUGACAUUAGAACUUAUAUUUUGAAACAGAUAUUGUUAUGAAGUAUUUUUUUUAAUCACAAUUUAUAGGCCACAUUGUAAAUAAAUGUGCGCUUGCAUUCUGUGACUUGAAACAUGGACACAUUGUGUUACUUUAUGCUGUCCUGUUUAAUUGUUUAUAAAAGUGAAUCUUAAAUAAAGUAUAUUUUUAUAAUGAA